AUGAAUACAAUAGAAAAAGAGAAUCAUGUUAGGUCUUAACUGAAUAGGGAGUUUUAGAAAUAAAUGAAUCUCAAAUAUAUAUAUCCAAAGUAUAAGCCAUAACAGUAAACAUCCCCAAUUCCUCAAGAAAUUAAAAUCAUAGAGAAAUAAUCUCCACUAUGUUCUUCAGUUUAAGCUAUUCCAUAAUUAAUAACAUAAUCCUUAAAGCAAUAAUAGUCAGGGAUAGCUCAACAAACAAUAUCACCAUUAAAACCAUAAUAAUAAGCUCAACCAAUUUAGCAACAAUAACAGCAAUAACAACCAAAGAAGAGGAUUAGAAUUUUAGAAGUCAAUGACAUGUAUUGAAUUAAAAAAUCUAUAUUAAUAAGAUAUAUUGGCAAA